AUGAGCUGCUUGGAUGUGAUGUACCAAGUGUUUGGACCUCAGCCUUACUUCAGCUCCUACAGCCCCUAUCACCACCAGAAGCUGGCCCUGUAUUCCAAAAUGCAAGACCCCCAGGACAGCAGCAGCAGCCGGCUCGGCCCCCUGGGGCCCCCGGCCAUCAAGGAGGAGGACAAGGAGCUGCCGCCGGGGGCCGAGUACCUGAGCUCCCGCUGCGUCCUCUUCACCUACUUCCAGGGCGACAUCAGCGCGGUGGUGGACGAGCACUUCAGCCGAGCGCUCAGCCAGGCGACCGCGUACCCUGCCUCCAGCAGCCACAAGACCGUAAGAGAGAGGAAGGACUCAGAGGUGGAAUCCGGAUCUGAUGGACGAGCUGUUUGA